CCCUGCUGUGUCUCCGGCAUCCUUCGGUGGGGAGCACAGAGGAGGGGAGCCUUUCCUGCUCAAGUGAACACAUCGGCCAUUGAGGAUAAGUUGGAGAUAUCAAAGCUAAAGGCGGCUAGUACAAAGGAGACACUCCCUUGUAAAUAAAACAUCGCUGCCUCCUGGAUCCGUGUGUCCUUAUGCUCCGUGACAGCGACAAGGUUUGACUGUGUCGGCGUGUGUGCUGCGCCAGGUGUCGGGCCACGGAGUGAGGGAAAAUGACAUCUUUAUCAUGGAGGGUCUGGCUCGCACUUGUGUUGCUUCUCUUUCCUUCCACUGUUGCUGCCGACGAGUCGUCACUAUUCGAAGGCUGGCGCGAUGUCUGGCCUCUUCGUUUUCUCGUCAACAUGUUGGGAUACUCCACCAUCAUCAUCCCUGGCUACCUCCUCAUUAGCUACUUCAAACGUACCAAUUACCUAGACACAGGUAAUGGGAUUUGCUUCCCUGUCAUAAAGUCCUGUGUGUUUGGCAAUGAGGCCAAAUCAGGUCUUCUGGAUGAUGUGUCACUCAUACCAAGGAACGAGGGUAACUCAGGCUCAUCAGUCAGACAGGUUAUCAAAUUAAUCUUCUGUGCUGCCGGACUUCAGGUAUCGUACCUGACAUGGGGAGUCCUACAGGAGCGGGUAAUGACACGCUCAUAUGGAGCCCAGACUCCCGAGGAGGAGGGUGAGAAAUUCAAGGACUCUCAGUUCUUGGUCUUCAUGAACCGUAUCCUGGCUCUGACCGUGUCGGGCCUGUGGUGCCUCAUGUUCAAGCAGCCCAGCCACGGAGCACCCAUGUACAAGUACUCUUUUGCCUCACUCUCCAACAUCAUGAGCAGCUGGUGCCAGUACGAGGCCCUCAAGUACAUCAGCUUCCCCACUCAAGUCCUGGCCAAGGCCUCCAAAGUCAUCCCUGUCAUGCUCAUGGGAAAGAUCGUUUCCCACAAGAGCUACGAAUACUGGGAGUACUUCACUGCCGUGCUGAUCUCUGUCGGUGUCAGCAUGUUCCUGUUGUCCAGCACGCCCAGCAAGCACCCAUCCACGGUCACCACCUUCAGCGGGGUCAUCAUCCUCGUAGGCUACAUUGUCUUCGACAGCUUCACCUCCAACUGGCAGGACAACCUGUUCAAGUACAAGAUGUCUUCAGUGCAGAUGAUGUUCGGGGUCAACCUGUUUUCCUGCCUCUUCACGGUCGGCUCACUGUUGGAGCAGGGUGCCUUCUUUGACUCGCUGUCCUUCAUGACGCGCCACUCUGAGUUUGCCUUCCAUGCCGUGUUGCUGUCCGUGUGCUCCGCGUGCGGGCAACUCUUUAUCUUCUACACCAUCAACCAGUUUGGAGCAGCAGUUUUCACCAUCAUCAUGACCCUGCGGCAGGCCAUCGCAAUCCUCCUCUCGUGUUUUCUCUACGGUCAUGCUGUCACUAUAGUGGGUGGAUUUGGUGUUGCUGUAGUUUUCUUGGCACUUUUUCUGCGGGUAUACGCGCGCAGCCGUAUGAAGUCAGGCCGGCGGCCUGCACAGUCAGUCGGGCAGAGGGUAUAGCACCGCAGGGCUGCACCAAACUGGGAACUGAGGCCACGUUUUCAGUGGUGCUUUUUUUUUGCGUAUUUGUGUCCAUCAGUUUUUUUUUAAUCGUUCUUUUCCUUUUGUUUUUGUUAGCAAAGGUACAGAAAGGGAAUCUGCAGUUUUGACUCUCACACAAAGACCUACCUCUAGGGGGUCCAUGUGAUGUGUCAGGUUGGCGGGUCGCGGAAGCUUUGAGUGCCUGUAAGAUUGUUCAAUACACAAGUCCCAUACCAUAAAGUUUUCAAACUGCCUCUUCACCUCUUUCAUAAUUUAACCGUUAAAUAUAUGUUCUUUCCUUAACCACCGUAUGUGGCUUGUGCAGCCAGUCAAAGGGUACUGUUACCUUGAAAAUGUAUGUGAGCUGACUGAAAUCAACUUUCAUUUAAAUGUAAUUUCCCUCACCUAGCAUUACCCAGAAUACGUGACUGUCACCUUCUGUAUAGACAACACUUUUCAUCCACGGUGGAACCUGUCAGUCAUGAUUACCAGAUGCGUAUCUCACAGUCCUCCAUGUUGGAGAUCAGGGGCCUUUAUGUGUCUUAAUGUGGGGUUAUAUCUUGUGAAGCUGUAUAAAUAGCCUGAACCACAUGGUGCACACAUUUCUUUUUAAUUUAAGUUAUGUUAACAUGCUCCUAAGGCCAACAUCUAGACAUGAUAGACGGUAUGGAUGCUGAGAACAGUUUGUGUGAGAAAGAAAGCACUACUUAGAAAUGAAAUAACUUUGGCCUGAUUUAAUUGAAGCAGACGCUGCUUUUGGUUCUUUUUGCACCACAUUGUUUGAAGUCAGAACACAGAUUUUAAAUGUUUUAAAUGGGACUGAGAAAGUCGUGUAAAUAAAUCUCUCAAAGUCAUUGUUUAUUUUCAACCAAUUUGUCUGUUGUGUACUUUUAUAAAAGGACUGCUACAUGUAUUUCACUGUUACAUUUGAAUGUUUGCUAGAAUACUGAAUGGAUUCUGAUGAUGAUGAUGAUGAUGAUGAUUAUUAUCGCCGUCACUUGGGUGUGAAGGGGGAGGGGGGUUUGCAGAACAGAAUGCAAUCAAGGGAAAUGCAAUGUUACUGAUAUCUUGUUUUUGUUAUUCUAAUAUUUCCUCUGGUAACUGGAUUAAUAAUAAAACAUAUUAAAUUAACUGAA